CAGCUACUAUUAGAGGGUCCUACUGGAGGUGACAUUCAGUCGCAGCUAGCAGCUAACGGGGGAGCUGUGAACAUACAACAAUAACGCAACAUGGCACAGGCAGUGCAGAAAAUCGUGGCCAAAGUGCCGACAUAUAUCGGCGCCGCCGUGACCUUCUCCAAGCCCAAGCUGGCCACCUUCUGGCACUACGCCCGGGUCGAGCUCGUCCCCCCUUCACCUGCCGAGAUCCCCAAGGCCAUCGAAGGAGCAGCGAACAUCCUGAAGUCCUUCCAGUCUGGACGUCUGGGACAAACCACCGUCAAGGAUGCUGUGAGGAACGGACUGGUGUGCACCGAGGUGCUGAUGUGGUUCUACAUCGGAGAGUGCAUCGGCAAGGGCGGUCUGAUCGGCUACGCUGUUUAAAAGUUUUGGACUCUUCUGAAACCGUUUUGAGAUUUUAUUUCUCCUGAGCAUUGUAUGCUUAAUUCCUUCACAAGUCCAGGGAUCCAAUAAAUGUUUAUUGUUUAAA